AUGAGCGAGCUCUUUGACUUUUCCCGUCUGGGGCCCGACGAGCUUGCCGCCCUCGCGUCUGCGAUGGGCAUUGGUCUCCCCAGCGCAAACGGUGUCGCACCUGGUGCCGGGCGCGAUGCGAACGGUGCCGGACCGUCGUUUAUGCCUGGCCCCUCGUCGUCGUCGUCGUCCCCCGACCCUCCCAUCGCCACUGGCUCGGCGUCAACCGCACAGACAGCCGGCCCAGCGUCGACGGCGGCGGCGGCGACGGCAGCAGCAGCAGCAGCUGCGUCGUCCCGCCCGGAUCUUGUCCGUCUCGCCGAUGUCAUCACCCACGCUUCUCUCGUCCUCUCACACCCGACAUCAGACGGGGACAAGAAGAAGAAGUAUACCCGCUCAAGACGUGGAUGCCUUACCUGUCGUGGCCGCAAGGUCAAGUGCGACGAGGUCCGCCCCACAUGCCUGCGAUGCGCGGGUAUGGGCCGAGAGUGUACUUGGGACAAGGAAGAUCGCAAUAAGCGCAAGCAGCCGGACGAUGGCGACGGCGAUAACCCACCUCUGUCUCUCCCGCCGACCGUGUCCGCAGCUCUUGCUGAGAUUGCGGCGCUGGCGCCUGCGUUGCAAGCCGCACAAGCUGGCGGCGGGCUCCCACUUCCGCAGCCUGCGCUGCAAGCGCUUGCUCAGUUGAUGCCCAGUUUCAACCAGGCAGACAGCGCAGCCAGCAGCUCGAGCCAGAGCCAGAGCCAAACACCAACGCAGUCGAGUAAAUCCACCGCACCGACAACGACGACAACGGCGACGUCGUCCUCUGCUCCGUCAGCCGAUUCACGCAACGUUCACUCUCCCCCUCUCCCCGUACCCUCGCACCUCUACCCGUGGGCCCUCGACCUUCCUGCCAGUGUCCCGGCUGGCCAGCAGCAGCAGCAGCAGCAGCAGCAGCAGCAUGAGAGGGCCGUCAAGCGGGUACGCGCCGAUACGGGCAGUUCCUCUGGGGUCAGUGCCAAUGCCAGUGCCUCGAGCAGUGGCCCCGUGCCCAACCCCACCUCCAAGCCAUCCAAUAUCCCCGUCGCCUACGGCACAGCGGCAUGGGACGAGUUUAUGCGCGCAAGUCCGUUUGGCGGCUGGACACCGAAUGCGACGGCCGUGGAUUCGCCCAUGUCGAUGGAGAGGAAGAAGUCGGAGUCGCCGCCCGACUCGGACAUCAUUGAGCUCACUCGAGACACGGUGACCGACAUUGAUGUCGUUAGGGAAGCUCCCAACGUACGUCUGGCGCUUCGUGGCCAGAUUGCCCGUCGACGCCAGCCGCAGCCUGGUCCCGGUUCUAGUCCUCUGGGCGACAUUGGAUCAGUCGAGAUCAUUGCUCCACUGGCACGCUCGCUGGACCCCUACGCCCACGCCUUCCCCUCAGACUCGGCACGCGGUCUGUUCAGACACUAUGUCGACAGCACGAGUGGUAUCGUCACCGCCAUGGGCAGAGGCAAGCCCGGCCAGAACCCUUUCCUUCAGGUUUCCCUGCCGCUUGUCCUGGCCGAGACGGCUUCACCUGCGCUUACGGCGUUGCGGUUUGCGCUCCUCACCACGUCGGCAGCACAUAUCCUCCACCUUCGCGGCGGUAACGACCCCGAGGCGCAGGCCCUGUGCGAUAAGCUGAAACGCCUGGCUAUUGGGUACACUGUCCUGUCCGAGAACGCCGACGCCGACAAUGUGCUCGUGGUGCUCGCGGCAUGCGUCAUUAUCCUCACGCGCGACGUCCUCAACGCAGACCGUACGUGGCGGCACAACCUCGACUAUGCCCUCGCGGCCGUCCGGCGUCGUGGUGGGCCCGAGGCCCUCAUGGCGCGCGACCCGAGUUUCAUCAAACGUUUCGUGCUCGAACAGCUGGCUACCCACGAAGUGUUUAGCUGCUUCACGACGGGCAACGAGCCGACCUUGCUCACGUUGGGCGCCAAGUGGUGGUUCGAGGUGGAGCGCAGUUCGCGGUCGGCGUGGGAGUGGGAGAGUGUUGAGAACCAGUUUGGUAUCUCGCGCGCCAUGCUCGAGAUUGUCGCGAGGGUAUGCUCGUUGUGUGCGCGCCGCAACCGUCUCGGGCCCGACGCCAACCUCGACGACGAAGACCUCGCGCCCGUCGCCAGUUUCCUGCGCGACGAGGCCGAGACGCUCAUCACCGAACUCGAGGCAUUCGGCGUCGCCCUCCGCUCCUUGCCCUACCACCGGCGCGUGCAGUACGGCGACCACAUUUACCGCAUGACCAUGAGCCUGCACCUGAUCACCGACAUUUUAGGCUUGCCAGCGUCCCACCCGCGCGUGAGGGCCAUUGUCCCCGCCGCGCUGGAGCUGUGCUCAGAAAUCAGCAUGCAGCCCGUCAUGCUCGUGUGGCCGCUUCUGUGGCUCGCGAGGGUGUGUAACAUGAUGGAGAGGGAGUGGCUGAGGGGACUGCUGUCGUCGUAUGCCGACCAAUACUGCCGCGACCUCCAGAUCGCACAGGAACUCAUUUACGACGUGUGGGCAAAGCAAGACAAGGGAGAGCCGUUCCAUGGGUGGCACGUGCUCAUGGCGGAGACGGGACGGGAUGUGCUGUUAAUCUAG